CUCUGAUUGGUCCUUGAUCCCUGUCAGUCCUCGUCGUCACCGCCCUCUGAUAAUGCAGCAUGGGCGAAAAUACCAGACCCGAGAGCUACAGCUGAGGAAGCAGACCCCUCUAAUGCCAACGAUUUUGGACGAUUGACCUAAAGUGAUGUUCCAACAAUGCCGAUAGUGGAUAAACUCAAGGAGGCAUUAAAACCUGGUCGAAAGGAGACAGGCGAUGAAGGUGACCUCAACAAACUGUUGGCUUCUUCUGCCAAGAAGGUCCUUUUACAGAAGAUAGAGUUUGAGCCUGCCAGCAAAGGUUUCUCCUAUCAACUGGACAGCUUGAAGAACAAGUAUGUGAUCCUCAAUCCCAGGAAUGAGGGUGCUACGGGGCAGAAGACCACAGAGCCUGCCCAGAUAAAGAGGCAUGUCUCGGAGAACGUGGUUGGGGGGCAGAGCGAUGGGAUCCCUGCCCCACAGAAGAUGCUCUUUCCAGGGAACAAGCUCACCCUCAAAUGGGAGCGUGUGUACAGGGUGGGAGCCGGCCUCCACAACCUUGGAAACACCUGCUUCCUCAACUCCACAGUGCAGUGUCUCACCUACACCCCGCCACUUGCCAACUACUUGCUCUCAAAGGAGCACAGCCGUGCCUGUCACCAGUCAGGCUUUUGUAUGAUCUGUAUAAUGCAGAACCAUAUCAUCCAAGCCUUUGCCAACACAGGCAACGCCAUCAAGCCUGUCUCCUUCAUCAGAGACCUGAAAAAAAUUGCUAGACAUUUUCGCUUUGGAAGCCAGGAGGAUGCGCAUGAAUUUUUGCGGUACACCAUCGAUGCCAUGCAGAAAGCCUGUCUCAAUGGCUACCCAAAGCUUGACAGGCAGACCCAGGCCACAACGCUGGUUCACCAGAUCUUUGGAGGUUACCUCAGGUCAAGAGUGAAAUGCUCUAUUUGUAAAAGUGUGUCUGACACGUAUGACCCUUACCUGGACAUUGCUGUGGAGAUUCGGCAAGCAGCAAACAUUGUGCGAGCCCUGGAACUGUUUGUUAAACCAGAUGUUUUAAGUGGAGAAAAUGCCUACAUGUGUGCCAGGUGCAAAAAGAAAGUGCCAGCAACCAAGCGCUUCACAGUCCAUCGAACGUCUAAUGUACUGACCCUUUCACUGAAGAGGUUUGCCAACUUCAGCGGAGGCAAAAUAACAAAGGAUGUUGGAUACCCAGAAUUUUUGAACAUCCGCCCCUACAUGUCUCAGAGCUCAGGCGAUCCUGUUAUGUACGGCCUCUAUGCUGUCCUGGUGCACUCUGGGUACAGUUGUCAUGCUGGCCACUAUUACUGCUAUGUCAAGGCAAGCAAUGGACAAUGGUACCAAAUGAAUGAUUCAAUGGUGCACUCUAGUAACAUCAAAGUGGUCUUAAACCAGCAGGCUUAUGUGCUUUUCUACCUGAGGAUCCCUGAAACCAAGAAGAAUGCAGAUGGGCAGACCACCAAGCAGGGGAUGUUGCAUCCUGGGAAGAACAGCGUGUCGUCUGAACAGAUAAAGAGGGCCAACCUAAACGGGCCUCUUUCCUCCCCGCAGGUCACAAAGAAACUUGAGACAGCACAACUGCGUAAGAUCCAGUCCGUGGAUGGUGGUUUGGGCCUGCCCAUUUCCCGGAACGGUGUGGGCACUCAGCCGCAACCCAGACUUUCCAACUGGACGUCAUCCUCCAAUGGCCCGCCGAAGCUGCCGGGUGGACCCACGGUUAUAGAAGAACCUUUCAAGAAGCUGAAGAAGCCCUCUCCUCAGAGCCAAGUGCAGUCCCGCAGCAGCACUCCGACCCCUUCUAACAACGGGGUCAGCAGGACGGAGGGAGAUAAAAAGCAAGGUGGCGAGGGGAGAGGCAUUGCAGCAUCUACCUCAUUUAAGUCUUUGUCUGACUCUUCCUCUGCCGACACCACUGACUCAAAGGACUCUGUGGGUCCCAAAAGUGCGCCGGUAGGAGAGAUGCCCUCCACCCCUCGGAAAGGCUCCAAUGGCCUGGCCUCUCCAGCCAAGAGUGUAGAGCGCUCUCAGAGCACGGAAGAGCAGAAGACGGCGAAAAUAAAACCCCCGGCCCUCAACAACAUCACGUCCGAAGCCACCAGCACCAUGUCACCUCCACCUGCCAAGAAACUGGCCCUGUCAGCCAAGAAGGCUCACAGCCGGAGUCCGAACAGCAUUGAUGCUCUGCGCCCUUUGUCACACCAGCUGUCCAGUGACCCCAUGCAUCAAAAUCAACUUACCCCCCUCACCUUUGCCCUACCUUCGCACACUCACAGAGCUGGUCCAUUCCAUUUACCUAAAGUCCAGUCAUCGCCUUUUGCCAACUCAAGCGGAUCCUUUAAACAGCAGAGCCCUCAGAAACAGUCCCUUCUCUCCACACUGCAAAAACCAAACGCCAGCCUUUCUCUUAAAACCAACGGGCUUCCCAGUCCCAGCCCAAAGAAGCCCAAGUCUUCCAACAACCUCAGCACCACGGUCCAAGAACCAGACCUCAACAGCCCUUCUGAUCAAAAGGUCAACCAAAAGAAGAGGAAGAAGAAAAAGAAGCGGCGCCAUUCUGAAGUGGAGGGUGACACGCAGCCAGUCACAUCCCCAGCUACGGUGACACAGGCCAACCUCAUGGAAUCAGUGAUUGAGAAGAAGCACAAGAAGAAAAAGAAAAAGCGAAAGAGGGAGACUGAGGAUGGAGAGAGAGUGAAGGAGAGGGAGUGUGUCCAGUCUCACCUGGACACAUCAAACCAGGAAGAGGACUGGUGUCAGGGUGGCAUGUGGAGUCUAACAUCCGAUCCAGAUGCAGAACAGUCUAAGCAAAAGCCUCAAUUAGCUUCCACAACCCCAACACAGUGUGAGUCCAAACAGAAUGACCAAGAAAGGGAAUCUGUGUUGCUGAAGAAGAAGAAAAAGAAAAAGAAGAAGAUGCAGCUGGUGGAUGCUCUGCAGGACAAAACUUCAGCAUGCUCUGCAUCAGAAAGCACUUCUGAGCUGAGGGCCACAUUCGUUCAAAAUGAUACGGGAGAUUUGAUUAUGUCGAAAAAGAAACUAAAGAUGAAGAAGAGGAGGCUAAAAGAAGAGGUGAAACUGUGGGAGGAGAGCAGGCGAUGUUCAGACGGGCAGAAUGAUGAAGCAGCGGAGCCCCCUUCAAAAAAGAGCACCCCAGAGAACGACAAAAUAAGCAAACGAAGCACAGCCACAGUGGUAGUGUGGGACAGCCAAGUGAAGGAUGGCUACAAACGGUGCCAGGCUCCAGCGGCUGAUGGAAGUGCGUUAGGAGACAACAACCCGACCCGUGCUGCACCUGUAGCCUGGGAUGGGAAAAAGACAAGUGGUGUGGUAGAGGAGCUGCUCAGAAACGCCACGGAUAAGGCCUACGGAGCCAACGUCCUCAGUUGGGAUGGAGAGGUGUCUGCGAUCAGUAGAGAUGCCAUUGAUGACGUCCGCCAUGCAAAGAAUGAAACUGUGAUCGAUGAGUGGGAUGAAGACUUUGACAGGGGAAAGGUGAAGAAAAUGAAAAACUACAAGAGAGAAAAGUGGAGAAGUGGCAGCAGCAUCUUCCAGAAGAUCCAAGACAGGAGGAACAGGUGGUCUGUAACACCAGGAGGGAAGAGAGUUUUUGGAGUCCGUCGCUGAGAGUCCAGAGUGCUAUUGAUAUCAUACUGACUGGAAACCGAGACAAGAAUACUGUAUAUCAAACUUCUGUACCUUUUUCUCUAUUUUUGAAAAUUUUUUUUUUUAAUUAUUAUUAUUAUUAUUAUUUUUAUCUCUGUCUUGUGUUCACUUCAGGCCCAAAUUCAAGAAUAGGAUUGAGCCAAAAGCAGCACACUAGACUGCGUUAACUGUUUGACUGACAGCCCCUUCAAUCUUACGUUUAAACUAACCAACAUGAAAUGUUGACUUCAUUGGCCAGCUGGAUUUGACCACUAUCGCCUUUUAAUCCAAAUACCACAGUAAGUGGCUCAAGCUUUUCUAUGCAUGCAGUAUUUAACAGAACACCCUUACAUAUCCAUGUAACAUGAAUUACUGUGUGUUGGCAUCCUUUGAGCCUCAGUUAUUGCCCUGAAACUCUGAGCUACUAUGAAAUUCAAUACAGUUUACCGUAUUUGUGAAAGACUAAUAAUGAGUAUAUAAGUAUAUCUGCAACUCUUUAGCUGUCUUUUGUUGAAAGCUGUACACAAUCUCAGAGCAUGCUAUGCUGUUUUUGCAGACAUAAGGGCUCAGUAAGUUAGACAUUAAAAAAGUGAAUUUUUUUUUUUUUAAACCCUUAUCCUGACAUUACUCUCAUUACUAAAUUACAUAGAUCCAAAAUUGUUAUUCAUUAAAAUUAUGAUUUUUUUUAAUUUAUUUUAUUUUAUAUCUUUAUCCACUACGUGGCUUGUUUUUAAGGACCAAAUUUUGCCUGCGUGUCGUUGGUAAAAUUAAGGUCAAAAAUUGCCACCGUUCAUUAAAUGUGCAUGUUUAAAUUGGUUUAAAAAUGUAAUACGGAAUUUUUUUUUUCUUUACUUCAGCUAUCUCGGUUAUGUACCAUAUUUGUUUUCUUUAAAAAAAAACAAAAAACAAAACAUUUAUUUCAGAUUUAAUGCCAAUACAUUUAAGACCACAAAUAAGUGCUCAGCUGAUUUGUAUAAACAUUUGGACCGUGGAAGGGUUGAGAUUGAUGAACAACACUUAAGAAACUAUUGCUUUGAUCAUAUUUGUAUGUUUACCUGGAAAUUUUCUGAGAACUCAUUUGUGCAAUGUACAUUUGCAGAGUAGAGGUUGUGGUUGUUGGAGGAAAUCAGACAAGAUCAGUUAUUUUCUACUGUGCAGCUAUUACACUUUGCAGCUCAUCUCAUCGGUCCAGCGUUCGGAAGCUCUCAGUCUGGAGAUUUUCAUUCUUUCCAUUUUCUGUAUCAAACCUCACCACAAACUGUUCUUUAUCAAUGUACUGAAAUAAAAGGGUUAAAUUUUAUACUUCAGGCACCGUGUUAGAAUGGGACUGCGACAUGCUAAUAAUUUCUUUUCCCCUUGUAUCUUAUAUCUCUAUGCAAUUUUCUGAUGGUCAUGCUGGUCACGUAAAAACUGGGCUAAGACUCAGGAACCCAGCCAUCCUGCAUCCCAUUUUCAUCUCUGAUCAGACUCCCCUGUUUCAUAUCAGAGUAGUCCCUCUGCCUGGACCACCAUUUUGCAUCCUGUACAUCCUGUAGAAACUGUUUUAUACAAAGUAUUUCAGGUGUGGAAAACAUGGGAUCAUCUUGCACCAAUCCGGGCACAGAUGCGUAGAGAAACUAAUGUUAUAAUAAAACGCUUUGCCGGUGUAGAAGACUGUACAGUCCAUCUUGUGCAACCUGUGUUUCCUUCCAAUGCUGUAAAGAUUUGCCCAUGCAUUUCUUUUCAUUCUAGAGAUGUUGCCUUGAAUUGGCUAUAUUAAAAAAAAGUAUAGGAUUUAAUGUUAUAAAUAUAAAAUUUAAAGAAGAAAAGACACAGAUCUUUAAUGUGCUACUAAUACUUGGAUCAGUUGGUGGAUGUUACCUGCAAAUGUGUUUGUUCAUUUGUGUACGAGAGAGUUGUCUGUUUUCAUGCAAGACCUUCCUUAUGUCACCGCAGCGUGUACAGUGCAAGAGGGGCUACGACGGUCUAAUUUCCACGGGAUGUGUCUGUCGGCCGUGAAAUCGACGUAGGGUCUGACUCUCAAACUGACACACAGGAAAAUUUACCAGUGUGAAUAGAUGGUCCACAUGUUUGCAUUGAUGGUUCUAUAUUUUGCACCAACUUUUCUGACCAGGGAAGAGACCUUUCAUAAUGAAAGUGGCUCUUACCACACUAUACUUAACUAUAUAGGUGCAAUAAAGUUGUGACUUUUGUGA